CGUGCCGACCUCAGAGUGUGGAAGGUUGUGGAGGUGGAGUGACCGCGUCGCUCGCGUCCCGCGUCUCGCGUCUUCUUCUUCUUGGUCGUUGUCUCUGUGCUUCGCGUCCGCUCUCCAGUUCGAAAGAGAGAGAGAGAAUAGAGAUAAAAAAGAAAAGAAAGAAAGAGCAAAACUUUCUUUCUCGCACGUGACAACACGGGCUUCGAAUAAAGUUCCCCGCAAGUGGUUAGGUGAAGUGAUUUCCCUCUGAAAAGAAGAAGAAGAAAAAAAGUGUGCUUGGUAGAGGAGUGCGCGCGUACAUAGGCAUGAGUGAGGCUCCGACCGAAACCUGCCCAGAACGACGAUUGAAAUCACUGCGAUGUCCCUUUGCGAUGUGACCCCUCGAUGGCCGGCCCAGCUGGCGACGACCCGCGGUGGUGAAGAAGGACGCUGAAACAGUCAGUCUUCGGAGCCGUCGCUUGUGUCCUCUGCUGCUCGAGACAAGAAAUAAGAGUCCUCGUCCUCGCGAGUCAGUCGUCUGGAGGAGGGGAAGGAACGACCCUGAGUGAUCAGGCGCGUCCGGGAGGGAAGGAGGGGUCGUUGGGACACAUCCAUCCCGUUCCUUCAGGAGUUUCUGAGUGAUUGUUGACGCUAUGUUGGCCAGGGGGACCGCCGAAAUUGGUGGAGGCUCCUCAUUCACAAGAGCUGCUGCUACUGCCGCUGCUGCUGCGUUUGGAGCAGUAGGAGGAGGAGGGGGAGGGAGAGGAGGAGGAGGGGUCUGCGGGGUAGGACACCCCCCAAUCUCCUCCUGGAACUAUGAAAUUCUUCUCGUCUUGCUGCUGGCCAUUGGAAAUGUCAGCGCUGGGAACUGGAUGUACCUGGGAGUGGUGGGGGUGACUCCCCUCCUACCGCAAGGCGACCAGGAGGUCCAGAACGUGAGCACCUCGUCGGCGGUGAGCAUAUGCCAGCACCUGCCGGGGCUGGUGCAGCAGCAGGUGGCCGUGUGUCAGAGCAACCCGGACACCAUCAAGAGCGUGAGCGCCGGCGCCCGCAGGGGCAUCAACGAGUGUCAGAACCAGUUCAAAAACGAGAGAUGGAACUGCACUACGGGUGGGGACGUCGACAUGCCCUUCGGGUACACCAUCAAGAGAGGGAGCAAAGAGACUGCCUUCAUCUACGCCGUCACCUCAGCAGGGGUGGUGCACGCCGUUACCCAAGCCUGCUCGUCAGGGAACCUCACAGACUGCUCCUGCGACAUGAGCAAGCAAGGACUCUCAACUCCCGAAGGCUGGAAGUGGGGAGGUUGUAGCGACAACUUACGAUUUGGAAUCCAAUUCGCCCGCCAGUUCGUCGAUGCACCCGAGAAAGAACGCCACAAGAAAUUCAAACGGAAACGAAACUUGAUGAAUCUCCACAAUAAUGAGGCUGGAAGGGAGGCCGUUGCCCGUCUUAUGAAGAUGCAGUGUCGGUGUCACGGUGUGUCUGGCUCAUGCGAAGUGAAGACCUGCUGGCGCUCCAUCCCCUCCUUUUCUGCCGUUGGAGAUUACCUCAAGCUGAAGUACCACAGUGCAGUACAGGUAAAGGAGGGACUCCAUGCUAAUUUGCAGUUGAAGCGCAAGAAGCGAAGGAGUUCCUCACGCCGACGGGAGCCUCCCCGCAGAAGGCGACGAAAGCGCCGCAGUCGUCGAAACCGCCGCUUCCCAGCAGGGAAGGAUGACUUGGUCCACAUCCACAAGUCACCCAACUACUGCGUGCAGGACAAAAAGAAGGGGAUCCUGGGCACUCACGGCCGCUACUGCAACAAGACGUCCAACGGGGCUGACUCCUGCAAACUGCUCUGUUGUGGCCGAGGAUACAAUACCAAGGUGGAGACGUACGUUGACAGAUGUCACUGCAAGUUCGUCUGGUGCUGUUACGUCAAAUGCAAGACCUGCGUGACUAAUGUGGAUGUGUACACCUGCAAAUAAAACUCGAUUUGGUUUCAGGUUUCCCUAAGUCUUGGGUUAAUGGAAUGGGAGUGAAAGGAAAGCCUGAGGAACUUAACAGUCUUCGCUGCUUGAUCGAAGUGUCUCCGGUAUGCUGCUAAAGAAAUGUAUGAGGUGGUCUACUUACUGAGACAGAAACAGUCCCUCAACAUAGCUAAAUUUCUCAAACCUUGACAAUUAUGUAAUAAGCACCCAAAUAUGGAGGCUUAUUCUUUGAAAAGGAACAGUGCUGAGGUUUGGACCUGCAUUCGAACUUUGCAAAAGGGGUUCUGAGAGUAAAAACAUCAGAUCAGAAUAGAAAGUUAUCCUGUGUUGAUAGAUUACCAAUGAAGUAAGAGACAUUGUUAAUCAAAGGUGGAAAAGACAUGAUAACCAAAAAUUAGCAAUGCAAAUUUUGCUUUGGUUGCUAAGUGGAAACACUGUGUUGUCUCAUAAACCCCUAACAGCAUGUAAGAUGGAGAUGAAGUGUUGUGUUGUAAAACCUUGACAGCAUGCGAUGAAGUGAUUUCCUUUCUGGUAAACAGAUUUAAGACAGCAGGCGUCGCCAUAUCUCUGAAAUGCUGAACUUUAGAUUAAAAUGCUUUCUUCUUCUGUUGGUCAUGUUUUCAAAGAACUCGUUAAUAUGUAAGCAUUAGCAUGUAUCGUUUCAAUUCUAUGUUUUAACGAUGUAUGAUGUUGAUAGAUAUGUGUGUACCCUAUGCAGGCAGCCUCACGAUUCUUUAGGAAAAAAACCUCAGUUGCCUGAAGUUGACUGAGGGAAUGAAAGCCCUAUUUCUUCUUUGUCUUUAUCUUUUCUCCUCUUCUUCUUCUUCUGAGAAGCAGAGAAAAAUCAACAUGCCAACUAUAACGUAACAGACUCGUCCCAUAAGUUUCACCUAGUGAUCAAAAUGUUUCGUCCAAAAAAACAAACAUACUCUCCUCUGAAUGAAGUGGAAUCUUUA